UUGUUAGUGUUUUAUCUUCAACGUAAUCUCCACAUUUCUGAAAUUUUAAAUGGAAAAAAGAAGGAAGGACGCCAUCGCCAAACCAACAACCGUUCGGGUGAGAUGAGAGCUUAACGAAAACGACGUCGCAACCGCUAUUUUCUCCAUCCUCGAAGCAACCAACAAUAGCUUCUUCUUCUUCUUCUGCUGCAUUCCCAGGGUUUCGGAUCCUCAGUUCAUCUUCUUCAGGUCGAACUCCAUACCUUAGAUCCCACGGUGGAGUGAUAAUCGCGGAUCCCACCCACUAAAAAAUGGCGGAUUCUGAGCCAAUUACGCCUGGCCAGGUUUCGUUUCUGCUUGGAGUCAUCCCUGUAUUCAUAGCAUGGGCAUACUCUGAGUUUCUUGAGUAUAAGAGGUCUUCACUGCACUCUAAAGUUCAUUCAGAUAAUAAUUUGGUUGAACUUGGUGAGGUGAAAGGCAAGGAAGAGGAAGUAGCUGUUUUACUGGAAGGAGUUGGUCUUCCUAGAUCAGUCUCUUCAAGGUUCUAUAGCUCGCCUAUCAAAGCAAACUUGAUUAGGUUUCUGACGAUGGAAGACUCUUUCUUGAUUGAUAAUCGAGCGACCUUGAGAGCUAUGGCUGAGUUCGGGGGGAUUCUUUUUUACUUUUACAUAUGCGAUCGAACAAGCUUGCUUGGAGAGUCGACUAAGAAUUACAACAGAGACCUUUUCAUCUUUCUCUACUGUCUUCUCAUCAUCGUGUCAGCCUUUGCAUCCUUGAAGAAACACAAUGACAGAUCACCAAUAACAGGGAAAUCCAUCCUCUAUCUUAAUCGUCACCAGACUGAAGAGUGGAAGGGAUGGAUGCAGGUUUUAUUUCUGAUGUAUCAUUACUUUGCUGCGGCUGAGAUAUACAAUGCAAUCAGGGUCUUCAUCGCUGCCUACGUGUGGAUGACUGGCUUUGGAAACUUCUCUUAUUACUAUAUCAGAAAAGAUUUCUCCCUAGCACGUUUCACUCAGAUGAUGUGGCGUCUUAACUUAUUUGUGGCUUUUAGCUGCAUUAUUCUCAAUAACGAUUAUAUGCUAUACUACAUCUGUCCGAUGCACACUCUGUUUACUCUCAUGGUGUAUGGAGCCCUUGGUAUCUUCAGUCGGUAUAACGAAAUUCCAUCAGUAAUGGCUGUGAAGAUUGCUUCAUGCUUUCUUGUGGUCAUCCUGAUGUGGGAGAUUCCUGGAGUUUUUGAGAUUUUCUGGAGCCCUCUAACAUUCUUACUGGGAUACACUGAUCCAGCUAAACCCGAUCUACCACUUCUACAUGAAUGGCACUUCAGAUCAGGACUUGACCGCUACAUAUGGAUCGUUGGAAUGAUAUAUGCCUAUUUCCAUCCCACUGUGGAGAGAUGGAUGGAGAAACUGGAGGAAUGUGAUGCCAAGAAAAAGAUAACGAUCAAGACAAGCAUAAUUGCUACUUCCUCAUUCGUUGGUUACCUGUGGUACGAAUACAUCUACAAGCUUGACAAGGUUACGUACAACAAAUAUCAUCCGUACACAUCGUGGAUUCCAAUAACUGUCUACAUCUGUCUGCGAAAUUCCACACAACAGCUGCGAAAUUUCUCCCUGACACUAUUUGCGUGGCUCGGCAAGAUUACUCUGGAGACCUAUAUUUCUCAGUUUCACAUCUGGUUAAGAUCGAAUGUGCCUAAUGGACAGCCCAAGUGGCUACUAUCCAUCAUUCCGGAGUACCCAAUGCUCAACUUCAUGCUCACCACGGCCAUUUAUGUCUUGGUGUCUCAUCGGCUUUUCGAGCUGACCAAUACGUUAAAGUCUGUUUUCAUACCCACGAAAGAUGACAAGAGACUGCUCCACAAUGUCCUCGCUGGAGCUGCCAUUUCCUUCUGUUUAUACUUAACCGCUCUCAUUCUUCUUCAGAUCCCACACUAAUAUAACCAUAUUUCAUUCACAGGAGGGACUGUAAACAUGAAACUCGCAGAGUUUUUUUUGUCAAAAUUUGCUAAAUAGUUACAACACAAUCUCAUAUUGGACAAUAAAGAUUUGAUUUCAAAGAUCAGUAAUUUUUGAAGCUUUCCAAACGAAGCACCUUUGGGCCAAUUAGAACCAAAGUUUCGGGAAAUGGCUAAGAGUGAAGCAUCUUGUGGCAUUUGGACGGCAUCAUCAUCCUAGGACUAGUAUUGUUCGUUUUCUUUCCUUUUGUGAUUUUGUCUCAAGUUUCCUAUCAUAUAGUUUCAUUUGUCUUUUUUUUCUUUUGUCAAAAUACAGAACAUAUGUAUCAUCUGUUGAGAAAUGAUAAUUCAGUUCAAUUUGAGUCAUAAGAUAAAACGCCAACACAGUUGAGAAAUGAGGUUCGGUUUCUGAUAAAUCAUACAAAGAUACGACAAAGGAAGUUUAACAAAUAUACAAACAAUCUCUUUCGCUGCUGCUCACUCGCAUGAUAAUAACCUUUAAUUCAUUCACUUUCCAGGGACGAAGUUGGUGGCAAAGGCCCAUGCGUUGUUGUUGACUGGAUCAGCCAAAUGGUCAGCAAGAUUCUCCAACGGUCCCUUUCCGGUUACAAUAGCCUGAA